AUGCCGAGCAAGAGGCCAAAGCUUGAGAUGACAAUCUCCUUUAUCGAGGCCGACCUCGAAGGUAUAAGUUUAGCUCAUAAUGACGCUUUGGUGGUGCAGGUGGAAAUCGCGAGCAGACCCGUUCGUCAGGUAUUGAUCGACACAGAGGCGUCGGUGGAUCUCAUGUCACUCGACGCCUAUCGACAGUUUGGCUUUGGCGAUGAUGCGCUCAAGCACGAAGGAACCUCCCUCCACGGAUUCUCAAGAGCCUCGGCCACAAACAAGGGGUCGAUAGACCUGCUGGUUACGUUUGGACAAGCUCCAUGCCAAAUGACAAUCAAAGUUAAGUUCAUGGUGGUGCGGUCGGUGGUGGCUUUUAAUGCCACACUUGGUUGCCCGUCGCUCACCGCCCUCCAUGCCAUCAUUUCGCCGGUACACUUAAAGAUGAAGUUCCCCACGGAGAACGGGAUUGAAGAAAUCCGAGGCGACCAAAAGAAGGCUCGGGAAUGUUACGCAACAUUCGUUAAGCAGAAUAAAAGAAAUGUCCAGGGAAUGGCUAUGUGCGUUGAGCACCUCCUUGAAGACUAG